AUGUUUAAAUAUCUAAUCAUAAUUCAUAUUUCCUUAAUUGAGUUUACAGUGAAACAUAAUUUGGCAUCUGUUUAUAUUAUAAAAGAAGGUAUAUACCCAAUCGAUGUAAAUUCAGUGGCUAUUCAAUUUUAUGUUGUGCUUCGGAACAAAGACGCAUUACAUCCCACCGUAAUAAAUUAUUACCCAAAAAAGUGUUGUCUAAACGACGAUGGAUUCGAAGAUUGUAAUUUAGCUGUAUUCGGUGGUCAAAGUUAUUUAAAACCAAAAGAAAAUAAAACAUUAUUUUUUGUUUAUCCUACGCUCUUUCCUUACAAUCAAAUUGGCCAUUGCCAUUUUAUUUUGGAGUCUAAUUAUUAUGGAAUAAAAAAGCGGUCUUCUAUCGAAUGGAUUAGAGAAUUCGACACACGUUUCAUAAGAAAAAAUAGUCUGUUUAAAAAUCUCGGAAGACAUAAAAAUUGUGUUAGCUUGGAUUUAGAUCCACUGGAAAAUUGCGAUCCAGUAAAUUGUGAUCAAAAAUACAACGGAGAAAGAUCAUAUUUUGAUGCGAAAAUCAAUAGAUGCAUUAAGAUUCCUAUAUGUGUUAUGGACCCCACAAAAGAUUUACCAGAUGUGGUUUACGAUCCUACAAGCAAUACCUGCAAAGAUCUGGGUGAUUCUUUCAAUGUCGCUGAUGCCUAUGCCAUUAGUUCGCAAUAUGGUGUAGUUGUUGAACCCACUGUUACUGAGAAAUAUAAAGUUCCAGUCAAAUCUAACUGUACGACCAUUUCACAAAAUUUGCAAUUAUUAAGAGAUUUAAUGUAUGGAAAGUUAUAUUCUACCGAUGAUCUAACAACAACGGACUACACGGCAGUGUGUAAGUCUGCAAUUAUUACAAUUUUAACUUGCAUUGUAAGUCUUUGCAUCUUUCUAUUGUUCCUUGUGUUUUGUAUGAACGGAGUCAUGUGGUUAUCCAAGAAAAUAUCUAGUGGUGAUCUGAAAAAGUAUUUUGAAGAUUUGAGGUCAAAACUAAAAAAACCCAAGUUUCCAGAUUGCAUGACUAAAGUGUCAAAGGUAAACAAAGAAGUUACGAAUAAGCUAUUAAAAGAUGUGAUUGUCUCAGAUCUGCCUAUUGAAUUAAGAGAGAGUGCUGUGGACAUUUGUGAGAGAAUAGGCAAAGAAGUUAAAAGGAAGAAGAGGUAUAGGAUGGUUGAUAUAGGAAGUCAAAUAAGCUUGAUGGAAGCCCAGGCUGAAAGUUCAUCUAGUUCAUAUGAUAAUGAAUAAAUUUCUCCACAAAUUG